UUCCCACUCUCCUUAACCCCGAGACUGAAAACCCUAGCCUUCCAUUUUCCCGAGAAAAUCCCAAUUUCGAAACUUUCCCGGAAAAUCCCCGAAUCCAAUCAAGCAAAGCCUCCAUGGGGAAGAAAAGAAACAAGAAGGUCCAAGCCCCCCGAUUCCAACCCCCUCGUUACAAGUGGGUACCCAAAUCGAGACCCGCCACAGUCGAAACCCGAAACUGGUUAGAACUUCCACGAGACGUCACCGUUUCAAUCCUGUCCCGACUCGGGGCCGUCGGGAUUCUACGGAGCGCACAGUAUGUGUGCAUGGCUUGGCGCCAGAUCUGCAAGGACCCUCUCAUGUGGCGCUCCAUCGACAUGCGCAACGACGGCGAUUUGGAUGAUGUGAGGUUCGACUUGGAUUUGAUGUGCCGCCGCGCAGUGGAUCGUAGCGCCGGCAAUCUCGUCGAUCUCAACGUCGAAUACUUCGGCUCAAAUUGCCUCCUCAACUUUAUCACCGAUCGGUGCCGUGGAAUCAAACGUCUCCGAUUUACAUAUUGCUACGGUAUAACAGAUGAGGGGUUGAGUGAAAUGACUUCAAAACUUCCUCUGUUAGAGGAGCUUGAGAUUUCUUUGUGUGAUAAUCUGUCGUCUAAAUCUGUGGAAGCGGUUGGGCGCUCAUGCCCCCGUUUGAAGUCAUUGAAACUGAACAGAGAAUGGUUCAGUUUCCCGGAUGAUAUGUUUGAUUACUAUAAUGAUGAAGAUGAUGAUUACUUUGAUGAAGGUGAUUAUUACUAUCCUGUGAUUGAUGAUCAGAAUGGUAGCUCUGCGAUUGCUCCUUCCCGGAAAGAUGCCGAAGCACUUGCUAUAGCAGGAACGAUGCAUGGUUUACGCCACCUCCAACUGUUUGGGAAUCAACUCACUAGUGACGGCUUGAAGGCAAUUCUUGAUUCUUGUCCUCAUCUGGAGUCACUUGAUGUGCGCAAUUGUUUCAAUCUUAAUCUGAACGGAGAUGUGGAAAAAAGAUGUGCUGAGCGAGUUAAAAACGUGCGGCUUCCCUUUGAUUCAACCAAGGACUACGAAUUUUCUGCUACAGCCUAUGGAGAUGGAACCCCUUUUGGAUAUUUUGAUGAAUCUGAGCUCUUUGGCUGUGGGGAUUAUCUUGAUGACGAGGACAACUUCAAUGAUGAUUAUGACUAUGAUGAGGCUAGUUACUUCUCAGAUGAUAGUGAUUGGUACGAUGAUUUUACUAACAUUCGGAUUUCUGAUAUGUUGAUCUGAAUUGGAGAUCAUACAGAGGUAUUGAAUUUGGAGGGUAACAACUUCGUUUGUCCAAUGGAUCCUGAAUUUCGCCGUGAACUCAAUUUUCGGUUUGGUAGCAACAUGGACCUUGUUGCCUGUUCUGUGUAUGGAAAGAGAGCUCAAAGUUAUUUGUAUUGUUGUUUUGCUACUAAUUUGAAAGCUUUCUUGAGA